CACUGCGGUGUACGUAUGACAUCGGAACGUUCAACGUUCAACUUUAACGUUGAACUCCCUCGUGCUUUCGGCGGCAGAAUGUUCAUCGUCAUGAUGCACCAGACUUUAUCUAUACCUGGACCAAGCUGCGUAGGCCAUCUGUCGAAGCACCCCCACGAGCACAAGUAAAGCCAGAAGCUGAUCAGUGGUUUUUGAAAUCCGGCAGAAUGGAAUCAGUAUCUUCACUAGUGUUAAGAAGACGCCACUAGAUCUACAUAUGGGUUCUUCAGCACUUCGGGGCAGCAAACUAGAAUAGCCCCUUCCGCAACAGUACUAACUCUCUGCUCCUUCCGGUCUGUGGCACCAAUCCUAACCGGUCAAAUGUCACUGGCUCAUAGCCUCAUAGGGCUCGGGAUAACGUUUUCAUUAUCCAGCACCCGAAAGCUUUAGUAUGAUACGUUCUUCAAGUUCCACGGUGUUUGCGCACGACCUCGUAGGAUGGCCUCAGAAGAAAGCCCCCUGCUGACGUCAAACAGCGAUGGUGCAACUGCACACGACGCUGUUUAUGACCGGUUCACGCGAGGUCAGAAGAGGUGGAUCGUAUUCAUAGUCUCCUUUGCGGGCUUGUUACCGAAGUUUGUUACAGCGUCAUUCGUGCCCUCGAUUCCUCAAGUAGCUAAAGAACUUAACUCCACGCAUGCUGCGGUCAGCUUGACCGUCAGUCUGUCGAUCUUUGCGACUGCUAUCGGAGCGCUUGUUUGGGCCGCGUAUUCGUCUUUCUAUGGACGCCGAUCAAUGUAUUUGUGGGGGAUAUUGUUUUUAUGCGUCGGAAGCUGUGGCGUCGCGACAUCGACUUCGUUGCGGAGUCUACUAUUCUGGCUGUUCAUUCAGACUUUCGGAUGUUCUGGAGGGUUGUCGUUGGGUGCCGGUGUUAUUGGUGACAUUUACAAAUUGGAGGAGCGCGGCACUGGUAUUGGGGUAUUCUUGGGUGCUACGCUUUUCGGGUUUGCUGUUGCUCCGUUUAUUGGAGGUGCAGCGGCGCAGUAUUGGUCCUGGCGCAAUUUGCACUAUUCGCUUGCUGCAUGGGGCUUGCUCGAGAUGCUUCUCAUAUACCUUGCGUUUCCUGAGACAAGCCAUCCCGGCACAUUGGGCAUCGAUAAGCUGACGCGCAGAAGAUGGAUCCAUAUCACAUGGAUUAAUCCUCUGAGCAGUCUCUGGCUGCUGCGCAGUCCGAACUUAUUGGCGGUUAUGGUUGCAUCGAGUCUAGCGCUCAUCACUGACUAUGUUCUCCUCGUACCGCUGGCGUAUACUAUUGGUGUCCGGUAUGGCAUUACGAAUGAAGCCGUCAUUGGAGCGUGUUUCCUCCCCAAUGGACUCGGAAACUUCAUCGGAGCACCGCUUGCUGGCCUCUUAUCAGAUGUUGUGAUCAGGAAGUGGAAGAAGAAGCGCAAAGGCGUGUGGUUUCUGGAAGACCGCUUGAGAGCAACGUGGAUCGGAGGGCUUUUCAUGGUCCCGUUGUCCAUUGCAGUGUCAGGGCUGGUCACGACGUAUGUUGGCGGUCCGAUCGGUCUUUGGUUGAAUUUAUUGUGUCUUUAUAUCAAUGGAAUGGGGGUCAACUUUGUGAUGAACCCGAUUGGUUCUUACAAUGUGGAUGUAGUGCAUUCUCGAAGCGCAGAGAUCACAGCUGCUAAUGUGGGGGUCAGGUCUCUCAUUCUAUCUGCUGCAACUGCUCUUGUUGUCCCAUCAAUCGAGCACAUUGGUGUUGCGUGGACGUACAUUAUUGCAGCUGUCCUCGCACUUGUCGGACAAGGGAUCAUUUUCUUGACGAUUCGUUAUGGAGAUCGCAUGAGGGCUAGCGUGAAUGUUGAUUUCUCGACCAUAGAGACUAAUUGAUUGAUUGAUGCAACGAAGAACGAGCUUCGUUUUGGGAAGACCUUUCAUAUCUGCUUGAAGCCCUUGAGCGAAGAUCGGACGGUAUAAUACUAUAUGCUGAUGUAUGAAUUGCUUCGUAAUGCAGUAUUCUACCAUUCCUUAAUUCCCGCAGUUCGUUUCGAUGUUGAUGCAUUGAUGCAUGAUGCAUGGUGCUUCGGUUUCGGCUAUGUACGGU